UCUGUGUCUGUUUUGCACUCAGAGUCUCUCAGCUGAGGAGGAACCACUCUGGAUCUGCAGCUCAGUGAUCAGAACUCCUCGCUCCUCUCUGCUCCGUUCCUCUGCUGGCUGCAGGAUGAGCACUGAAUGCAGCAGCUUCUACAAUCCUGACGGGGUGUUUGUGGAGGCGUUCUCCUGCCCCAAGCCGGGCAACGCUCUGUUCGCCGUCUACUGCUGCGGCUUUAAUGAUGUGAAGUACUGCUGCGAUGACCCCAACAGCUUUUUCCCCUAUGAGUACGGCUACAUGUGGUGGCUGAGCAUCGGCGCUCUGGUGGGUCUGUCGAUUGCGGCGGUGGUCCUCCUCGCCUUCCUCAUCACCGUAUGUGUCCUCUGCUACCUCUUCAUCGCCACCAAACCCAGUCGCCUUGACAACGGCCUACCCCUCAGAGCUCCAGGUCAGGAUGUGUCAGGAGAUUCCAGCGAUGGACCCAGUAACGUGAGAGUGACCGGUGGCUUCGGUCCACAAGGAUUCAGAAAGCAUUUGAUGAGCAGAAGAGUGGACUCUGACAACGAACCCACAGACCCCGAGCGCCUCUUCCAGAGGUGUUUCACAGCGACGGUCACUGGCGUGAAAGUGGAAAGUCCCUCAUAGGUCGCAGAGAAACUCUGUCUUCACGAAUCCAAGCAGCAGCGUUUGGUUCAGGUUGGCAGGCAGGUUCUGUACGUCGGACCUGUGGGAGGACAGCAGGACCUGAUGUAACGUGCUUUACAACUACGMUGGUUAAGUGGAGUAAUUACCCAGUUAUUCCAGAGAGUGCUGAAAACAACUGCAAGUGCUGUGAGCACUCAUUAUAUAAACUGACUGUCUCUCCUCUUCGUGGCAUCUGAUAGAAAAAAAAAAACAAAUUAAUUAUCGUCCACGCUCCUGGAAAUAAACACAAACCAUGUAUGUGGCUUUCUGCAAGCCACCAGAACCAUCCUGGAAUGUUAGAGAUGCUGAAACUUGUUUAGAUGUAAAAAACAAACAAACAUCUGGGUGUGUGCAACGACUCCCUCGUGAAGCUUUGUAAUGCCGAUGUGGAGCUUUAUUGUCUCAGGGAUGUUAGAGUAAGAGCCUGUAACACGAUUUGACUCCUUACCAGCAUAAAAUAAAUAAAUAAAAAAA